UGUGCUAGCUCGCAGUCACUCGGCGCUCGGCUUUUCGCGGUCCGCCCUCGUCGUCCGGCGACUACUUUGUAUAAACCGUUCGUAAUUAAAAUAAACUAUAUUAUUUUACAAUAGUUCAUAUAAUAUUUUAUAACAUUUAACGGAUGCGAAUUUCCUGCGUGUUUAGGCGAUUUUAACGUUUUUCUUGUAAUAUUAAAAUUAUUGUCGUUUUCUACACGACGACUGCCGGCCCUCACUUAUAUGUGAUAAACAUCACAUACCGGCGAAAACGUUUUCGAUACUAUUCAUGCGCGACGACAACCGAGCAUUAAUUAUCAAACAAUUUUUUUAGUUUCUAAACCUUAUGCUAUUCAGGUACGGGAAGUAAUAAACCAUUACACAAAAGUAGUUGUCGGGCGAAGGCGGUGCGAAGGGCAAGAAUUAUGAAUACCAAUAACAGUCAGGGUAACAACAACAGCAGCGGUGGUGGAAAUAAUAAUAGUUUCCGGAAGUACAAGCGAGUUACAGCAAGUAAUCCGUCGAAUCCAAAAACCAAAAAACAACUGGAAAAUGAGUUGAAUCGCCAGAGGAGCUUUUUCGUCGCCUGCAGCCCGCAAAAUCCGUCUGCUACACGUCAUAGUAACACGCAAGAGGUAACUGGAGGCUAUCUGAAUAGGAGUAAUAGCAGUGUUUUAGGACAAAAGAAACAUCCCACGCUUGCAAUCUAUCGUCCACCGACCAACGGACCGCAGAAAUCGAAAAAUAUUCAAGAUGCAUCAGACAUAUUUGAAGAUUGCAGUAAGCUGAACGUGCAUGCUAAAGAGUUUUCCUUAGAACGUUCCAAUACAGCUCCUCAGUCCAUUGCAAACGGUGUGAAACAAGAAGGAACUCGACACAAUGCUAAUGCGGUAUUAUCAAGAUCGAGGACAUUUUAUACGAACGAUAUUAAACCAAAUAGUCAAAAGAAAAGUUACGAUUAUAAAAAUAAUUUUGCAUAUAAGAAUAAUUGUCAACAAAUGAAAUACAAUGCACAACAAAAAGAUACUCAGGGUCCAAAAGUUCAAUUCAAAGAGUCUAAACAAAAAUCAAAACCUACAUUGAACGACCAACUAAAUAAAUGUGCGAUGGAUCCAAAAAAUGACUUCAGUCUUAGGAGAUCCAAAACAUAUAACGGUCCAGACAGUAAAUACUACCAAAAUACUUCCGAAGAAACACGUGCUUCAUGGAAAUGUCAACCUAAUGAAUUUUAUGUCAAAGACUUAAAUUGUUUUCCUGAAGAUAUAAAUGAUAUGGCAAAACGUAUAGUUAAAGAUACGAAAAAUUCACCAACAAAAGAUUUAAUGCUUUUGGCAUUGAAAAUAAUUGAACACGUGGUUAACAAUCAAGAUACCAUGACGCCUUCGGUUAAUUUAUCCCUUUACAUAAUUGAGAGAGAUACAAGAGACACUUACGUGAAUAUGAUCAUCAACACCAUACAAUUGUGGUUCGUAAAACGAGAGAAACUCUUACAACCACCCAGAUUUUUUUCGUACGCGACAUUCGUACUUCAAAUGUAUAAAGGAAUGAAACAAAAUAAAGUGUUGUUAAACAGGAUGGAGAAAGAGGCAUACUCUCGUAAACAAGCUCUGCUUAUGUUACUGUUAAAAAUUUGCGAACACUGCUUAACGCCCAGCAAGGAGAAGAACACGAUUGAAGAAAUCGAAUGCCUAUUUAACAUCGUGAAUGGCAUUGGACGAGAUCUGGAACAAGAGGUUCCGGACACACUGAAACAACUAUACGUAUCCAUUCGGGACGUGAUGCUGACAGGCGACUGUUCGGCAUCUGUGAAAAAGACCCUACUGCAUUUGAUCGAAUUGAGAGCAUCUCGAUGGGUCCUUCCGCCUUCCACGGUACAUUACUACAACUCGAAAACCAACAUUUAGCGUCUUUUUUUUUCAUCACCUAGACCAUGCGGUCGAUAUUAUAAUAAUUAUUAUAAUAUAUAAUACAUAAAAUUGUGAUAGUUCUGGAAAAAACAUUUUGUACAUUAUUUAGUGUGUCAUUUAUACUACAUUUGUGAUGUUAUCUAUAUUUUAAAAAAAAUGGAUUAUCUAUUCAAAUUAAUAUCAUUCUUACGAAAUACAAUUACUUUUUUUCAUGACUAAGUAUA